GCUUACCCGUCGUCUCGUCGUCGUCGUCGUCGUUGUCGUCGUAUAGUGUAUAAUAUAGUCGUCGCCGACGUCAAAGUUUCCCGUGUCUCUCUCUCUCUCGCUCUAUCUCUCUCACUCGUUCAUAAUAAUAUAUUAUACAUACGUUCGCGGGAUUUUUUUUAUUAUUAUUAUUAUUUCACUUAUUGCGUGUAUUUCCGGGUUUAAAAAAAAUAUAUUCGAUUAAUGAAUAUUAUAUUAUAAUAAUAUCAAAAUAUUUAUUUUUUCCUCGUACUUUCACUGUAUAUACGCUAUACGUAUUCUAGACUUAAAGCUCAAAAUCCGUCGCUGUCGUCGCGUUUUAGAACCCUCAACCCCCUACUCACCCCCUCAAAAAGAAUUAAAUAUAUACAUUUGGGCAUAUUAUAAUACAUCGCGCUCACGUGUGUGCGCGCGUGUGCACGAGAUGGUCUAACCGCGUAUAACCGACGACGACGCCGCCGCCGCCGCCGCCGCCUGACGCGCGCCGGCCGACCGUGUAUAAUAGAUUGCAUACAAACGUGCCACGCCGGGCCGUGCUGAAGUGCGAUAUUUUGUGAGUACGGCGACCGUAGUCUAUAAUAAUAUAUAAUAUUUCGCGCCGACCGUCACCGUCGUCACCAUGAUGGACCCUUUCUACUGGGAUCACCACCAACAGCAACAGCCACACCACUAUCACCAUCAUCUGCACCAGCAGCAUCACCAGCCCGUGCCACCGCCGCCGCCGCUGCCGUUACAGCCUCACCUGCAACAGCAACAGCAGCAGCAACAGCAGCUGGACCAUCCGCAGAGAUUACAGGACGGAGCUUCCGUCACCGCUAUUACCGCUGCCACCACCGAUACUCGUCAAAAUGACGCUGAUAACGCGUCCGACGAUUCGUACCUGACGUCUUCGCACAGCGCGAUGACGGCAGAGUCGGUAUCACCGCCGUUGGCCGCCGGUGGCGGGGGCGGCGGCUUAUCGCCCGAUGUUAUGGGCGCUGCCGGGUGCGGCACGUGCUGUACCGCCGGCACCAUCGGCGGCGGGUCGGGCGACCGCACCGCGGGUUCCGAGUCCGCCGUGGCCGUGUGCUCGUGCCACCUGGCCGCGGCCGCGUCAUUGCCACCGCAUUACGCCAGCCACCGCAGCACGCCGGCCACAACGGCUGUGUACGCUCCGUACCCGUCCACCGACCAGAACCCGUAUCCGAGCAUCGACACGUCAUCGUUCUACCCGCACUUGAGCAACCCGUACGGACUGAAAGAUUCUACGGGAUCGUCGGACAUGUGGUCCAGCGCCAGUCUGCAACCGUCCACCGGCUACUAUCAUUACGACUCCACUCUGGCCGCUUACGGGUACAGCGCGGGAUACGACUUGGCGGCCAGGCGGAAGAACGCCACCCGGGAGUCGACGGCCACGCUCAAGUCGUGGCUGAACGAGCACAAGAAGAAUCCGUACCCGACCAAGGGCGAGAAGAUCAUGCUGGCCAUCAUCACAAAGAUGACGCUCACGCAGGUGAGCACGUGGUUCGCCAACGCCCGGAGACGGCUGAAGAAGGAGAACAAGAUGACGUGGGAGCCCAAGAACAAGACGGACGACGAUGACGACGACGACGCCGGGUCGUCCGAAUGCGAGGACAAGGACAAGGACGACAUGCUGAUGGGCGACGAGAAACACUGCAACAAGGACGUCAGAAAAGAUGGUCACGGCGAUCACAUGAUGGGCGGCCAAGGCGUCAUGUCUGACGGCGACGACGACCGCAAACCGAUGCUUCAGCACCUGUACCACCCCGAUCAGAUGCAUCACAUGAAGGUGCACCACCACCACGUCAUGCAAGACGAUCACCACCAGGACUGCGGUAUACCGUUGCCGCCCACCAAGCCGAAAAUAUGGUCGCUGGCCGACACCGCCGCGUCCAAGACCCCGCCGCCCGGCCACCAGUGGCCGAACGUCAUCAGUCCGAGCCUGGCGUCACCCGGUUUCACCAUGCCCAACAGCUCGUCGCUGUCACCGUCCGGGUCGUCGUACUCCAGGUACGGCGCCAACGGGUUUUACGGCAGUGGUUACAAUGGCGGCAACAGUAAUUCGUCGUCGUCGUCGGCCCAGCAAAUGGCCGGAUAUCCGGACGUGCAGACCGACACGCCACCGCAGACCCCGCCCAACAUGAAGUUACCGCUGUCCGCCUCUUCCGGUCAACAGCAGCAACAACAACAACAGCAGUUCGGCGGCCAUCAGGGCGCUUACAACGGGUACCAUCACCAGCAGCAGCACCAGCAGCAACAGCAGCACAACAACUAUCACCACCGGCAACACGUGCCGCCGCUCCAGCAACAGCAGCAGCAGCAGCAGCACGACGUGGUCAGGUCGGCCCAAGAGGUGCAGCAGCAGCAACAGCAGCAGCAAUAUCAUCAACAGCACGUAGCGCUCAACCAACACAACAACAACAACAACACGAACACUAACAACAACAACCAUCAGAUGGCGGUCGCGGCCAACGACGCGAGCACGGCGUUCAAACCGUUUUACAAGACGCCUUCGCAACAACCGCAUCAACAGCCGCCGCACCAGCAACAACACCAACAACAGCAGCACAGACAGAUGAACGGUUUCGUGUCGCCCGUGUAAUUUACGCCGCCGAUUUUCGUUUUCGGGACGUCCGGACGACUGAACCUCCGGACACUGCUGCUCCGCGAGUCCAUCGUCAUAUAAUAUAGCAGUCGCCGACACGGGAAUUCUUCGACUACUCUAUAUGUACACACGUUCACGAUUGUUGUGCUGGUCGCCGUUGCCGCCGCCGCCGCCGGUCGUCUUAUUACUGCAUAUACAUAUUAUUAUAUAUUGAAUAUAUAAUUAUAUUAAACGACUCCGCGCGGGAAUUAAGAAAUAUUUUUAACCGUUCUAACAUUCUUCUGUAGAUUUGUAAAAGCUAACAUAUACUAUUAUUAUUAUUAUUAUUAUAUUAUCAUUAUUAUUAUUAUUAUUAUUUUUACCUAUACAUAUUAUAAUAUCGAAAUUGUAUAUUGUUAAAAAAAUUAUCUAUGUUUGUGUUCUCAGAAUAAUAUAUUAUAUUAGCCCCUCGUACGCAUCAUGAAAUACAAUAAUAUUAUUAUAAAAUGUAUAUUAUGGGAUGUGAAUAAGUUGGAUUGCUCUACACGCAUUUAUGUAUCGAAAGAAAAUUAUGUUAUCUAUUAUAAAUAAUUUGUAAAUAUGAAUUUAUAUUUUAAAAAAUCGAUUUUGAGUGCAAUUUGGGGAUAUAAGAAUAAAAAAGUAUAUUAUAUAAUAUGUCUAUUAUUAGUUAUGGAUUUUCGUUGUUUAUUUAAUUAGUUUUUUUUUUUUUUUAUAUAUACAAUAUAUAAAAUAUUAUUAUUAUUAUAAUUAUUAUUUACCGUGUACAAAAACAAAAAAAAAAACGAAAUAGAAAUCGAUUAAUUUUCUCUCUGAAAAAAAUGCAUUGUUCGUGUAUACCAUAUUGUACCUAAACACUUGUUACCUAUAUAUGUAAUUCACGGUUUUAUCUUUGUCUUCGCAUACGUGUUAUUAUAAGUAUUAUACUGACUUCUGCGUUUAGUAUUGGUA